AUGGCAUCAGAUGCUUCAAAGGUUGUGCCCUUGACGUGUCAUGGGCAUUCACGACCUGUUCCUCAUAUUAGCUUCUCUUCAAUCACCGAAGAUGACCAAUAUUACCUGAUCUCAGCGUGCAAAGAUAAUAAUCCUAUGCUCCGGGAUGGGAUAACUGGUGAUUGGAUUGGGACAUUUCUGGGUCAUAAAGGUGCCGUCUGGCAGGCUAGACUAUCCGUGGAUGCUACCAUUGCUGCCACCGCGGCUGCAGACUUCUCUGCAGAUAUCUUGAAACUUCUUGCUCACUCCUCACCAGAAAGGUAUGGGACACACAUACCGCAUUCCCACAUUGUCCGAGCAGUUGCAUUCCCCAUUCAAACCGGCCCUCAAAUUCUAGCCACAGGUGGCAUGGAGAAGAAAUUACGUAUCUUUGACCUCUCCCGAGCUCAAGGCAGUAACACCUCCUCUCCCACGUCUCAAAGUGGCCCAGGAGCCGCAAACGGAGCAGGCUCCAGCUCAGCUUCUUCCGGCACCAUGAGCUAUGAGAUUGGUCCUGGAGUCCAUAAUGGCACUAUCAAGUCCAUUAUUUGGUAUCAGGACUACAACAUUCUCGUCACCGCGGCUGAUGAUAAGAAGGUCCGAUGGUGGGAUCUUCGCUCUCGUCACCCCUGUGCAGAGGUUGCUGUAGACGGAACUAUUGGCAGCUGCGAACUGAAUACCGUUUCAACCACACCAAAUGAUCCAGGCGUAUUGAGCGUUGCUGCCGGAAAGUCAGCUUAUCUCUUCGACCCUGUCCAGCCUGGACGGUUGUUGAAAAAGGCAGAUUUCUCAUAUGAACUUGCUAGUGUUGCUGUGAACAAGACGACGAGCCGGUUCGUCACCGGCAGCACGGGAGAUACCUGGGCGCGUGUUUAUGAUCUUGAAACGAACGAAGAGUUAGAGGUUCAACGGGGUCAUCAUGGCCCCAUCUGGUCGCUUAGCUACUCUCCCGACGGAAAGAUUUACGGAACAGGAAGCGAAGAUGGAACUAUCAAACUAUGGAAAGCAUGUAGAGAGCCAUAUGGUCUAUGGAGAUAG